AUGGACGGUGUUGAUCUCACAAAAGCUGUAUUAAACAAGGGCAAACAAAUGGCUUCUGUCGCAACCGCUGCUGCCAAUGGCAAUGGCGGCAAGAAGAGGAGAAAGGGGACUGAUCUCAAGCCUAUUGUCACUAAUGAUGCAAACCCAGCCGCUGAUGCCAGUGGCGCAGCGCCAUCAAACUCCAAACCCGCCACCACUACAGCGUCGCGCUCACCAUCCACCUCAUCCGUAGAUGAAGUUGAAACCACCGCCGAAGAAGAAGAUUCCGAGGACUACUGCAAGGGUGGCUAUCAUCCCGUACAAGCAGGAGAGACAUACAACAAUGGCCGUUAUGUUGUGGUACGCAAAUUGGGUUGGGGUCAUUUCUCAACGGUGUGGCUGUCAAGAGAUACCACUACUGGAAAGCACGUGGCGCUAAAGGUCGUGCGCUCCGCCGCUCAUUACACCGAAACCGCAAUCGAUGAAAUCAAACUGCUUAAUCGGAUUGUUGAAGCGAAACCUUCCCACCCCGGCCGCAAGCAUGUUGUCAGUCUGUUGGACUCAUUCGAACACAAGGGACCCAACGGUGUUCACGUAUGUAUGGUUUUUGAGGUGUUGGGUGAGAACUUGCUGGGUCUCAUCAAGCGUUGGAACCAUCGUGGUAUUCCCAUGCCACUAGUGAAACAAAUCACCAAGCAAGUGCUCCUGGGUUUGGAUUACCUCCACCGGGAGUGUGGCAUCAUUCACACCGAUUUGAAGCCAGAGAACGUGUUGAUUGAGAUCGGUGAUGUGGAGAAGAUCGUGGAGGCGCAUGUGGCGCAAGAAGAAGCCAAGAAGGAGAAUAAAGAAGACAACCGCAACGGGCGCCGGCGCCGUCGCACUUUGAUCACAGGCAGUCAGCCGUUGCCGAGUCCGUUAAACACAAGCUUCAGCAGCUUUGAUUUCAAGCACAGUUCCUCCAACUCACACAGUAGCCUCAGCCAGAUGGUGAAUGACCCGACACCGGACAUCCCAUCGAUGAAGGAAGCGCUCGGUGUCAAGGACGAGGAUGAUAAGCAGAAGCAACGAGAGAAGACAGCUGAUCUCCUGGAGAGAGAGGUGUCGGGUAUCUCGCUGGAUAAAGGCUCAUCAACCAAAACGCUUGAGGAAGAGAUCGAUGCCAGCAUCAUCUCGGUCAAAAUUGCCGAUCUAGGCAACGCGUGCUGGGUGGGCCACCACUUUACCAACGACAUCCAGACACGGCAAUACCGCUCCCCCGAGGUGAUUUUGGGUGGAAAAUGGGGCGCUAGUACUGACGUGUGGAGUAUGGCAUGCAUGACAUUUGAACUUAUCACCGGUGACUACCUAUUCGACCCACAAUCUGGAACCAAGUACGGCAAAGACGACGAUCACAUCGCUCAGAUUAUCGAAUUACUUGGCCAAUUCCCCAAGCCCAUGUGCCUAAGCGGCAAAUGGUCCCAAGAUAUCUUCAAUCGCAAGGGUGAGCUGCGAAAUAUCCAUCGCCUCCGUCAUUGGGCCCUCCCCGACGUCCUCCGCGAAAAAUACCACUACACAGUCGAGGAUAGCAUGCGAACAAGCGAGUUCCUAUUACCGAUGCUGGAUCUCUUACCCGAUAAGCGUGCCAAUGCCGGUGGUAUGGCUUCACAUGAUUGGCUGCAGGAUACGGCCGGUAUGAGCGGGAUUGAUCUGGGAAUUGCACCGGGGACUCGAGGCGAGGGAAUUGACGGUUGGUCAGCGGAAGUUAAGAGGCGAUAA